AUGGUUGACCGCAUGGCAUGGAAAGAGGCCCUUGGAUCAUUGUGCAGUUCCGUGGCCAGCCGGCAGCCCACUCGAAUUAAACAUUGGAAUGCGGUGGUGCGCAACAUGGAUUGGCGUUUGAACUCGCGGUUGGUCCAAGAAUUGCGCGUUUGGCACCUUCAAGGGAACACUGUGACUUUCAACACGUGUUUGCAGAAUUGCUGGGAAAGCAUCCUUUUUGCUAUGCUGGCUGAGGCUGUAGAGGUGGAUGUAAUCACGUGCAACACUGUGCUUGGUGAAGUGCAACAAUGGCGGAGUAAAGUGAAGAUCUUGGAGAAGUUGCAGGACAUGUUUGUGGAGGUCGACGUGAUCAGCUUUAACUCACUUCUCACUCGAGCUUGGCCUUUGGCUGGCUGCCUUCUGGAGAUGAAAGGCCUCCAGCUGCAGCAGACAGUUGUCUCCUACAACGCUGUCAUCAACACUUGGGAAGCAGGAAAGUGGCGGAUGGUUGUGGGGUUGUUGGCGGGAAUUUCUGCAGUUGAUCUUGUGGCGGACGAUGUGACGUUUGUCAGCACUAUCUCUGCUUGUGGCAGGGCUGGGCAGUGGGAGCAUGCUGCUUCUUUGUUGGCCGUGCUCCCUGAUGCCCGCCUCUCACCCAGCAGGAUGGCAACAAACUCGGCCAUUUCCUGUGGGCACUGGCCUUUGUCUGUGCAUUUGCUCUUCUGGCUUCAGAACCGUAGCAGUGUCUCCUUCAAUGCCGCUGCGGCUGCCUGCGAGAAAUCUUCGCGGUGGGGUUCAGUGCUUUCGCUUUUGGACGGCCUUGGUGUGAACGGCUUCCGGCGCAGCAUUGUCAUGUGCAAUACUGCGAUCAGUGCAUGUGAGGGUAGAUGGCUCGCCGCCGAGCAAAUCCUACGGCGCAUACCGAGAGCAGAUGUGGUGAGCUACAAUGCUGUGCUGAGUGCUUGUGGCGGAGGCCAGUGGAACAGAGCCCAGUGCUUGCUGGAAAUGAUCCGCAAACACGGUCUACGAGGGACGUUGGUGACCUUCAACACAGCUAUUGCCAGUCUCGGCUGGCCGGUGGGGCUUCAGCUGCUUUGCCCAGAUGUGGUCUCAUGCAAUGCACUCAUCUCUGCCACUAACCAGUGGCAGAAGGCCACGUGGCUCUUUGAGAAGAUGCUGGGCUUGCAAGUGGAGGGCAACUUUGUAACCUGCAGCGCCGUGGUCUCCACCUCCGAACGUUGGACCCUCUCGUUGUUUUUGCUCGGAGGGUUGGAGAGGAAGAUGGAAGCAAACGAGGUUGCAUACGGAGCAGUUAUCGCCUCUUGUGAGAGAAGUGAGGAGUGGCAACCCGCAUUGGCGGUGCUCUCAAGGAUGCCACGAGAGCUGGAGCAAGCAGUGGCGACCAACACAGCCAUCAGCGCUUGCGCCAAGUGCAGGCGGUGGAGGGAAGCUUUGUUCUUGCUGCAGGCCUUGCAGAUUUCUCGUUGUGCCGAUCUUGUCAGCUACAGUUCCACGAUCAGCGCCUGUGCAAACGCCAGUGAGUGGCUGCAAGCAUUGCAUAUCUUCAGCCAAAUGACCGAACUUGCUGGGCUUUCGCCUGACGUGCAGUGUUGGAAUGCGAGCAUUUUCGCAUGUACCCGAGCUGCCCAAUGGACGAUGGCGCUGGAGUUCUUGUGGCUUGGGUCCUCGAAAGCAAAUGCCAUCACCUUAGGUGCCUGCAUCAGUGUCUGCGAGGGUGUCUUGCCAAGAACCACACUGCUCUUGGUAUCAUGGGUGACGCAACUUGUGGAGGAGCAAUUGGCGGAGAUGUCGCAGAUUGGAACCACAUGA